AUGAAGCGUUGUCGCGGCUGGCCAGCCGUGUACGUGCUUUUUAUAUUCGUCGUCUUUACAAAUGCUCAGCUGUCAUCUGUACUCACAAGAUGCCCUGCGAGAUGCAAUGAGACGGGGCCAAACCCUUCUGCCUGGACCUACUAUCAUGAUUUCAAUGCCCUGGUAAACUGCAACGCCACGGUCCUUUUCGAACUUAAUGUCUAUAACUCAGUUGAUAAUUCAGACACUCACCUCUCGUUUCGGGCAUGCACUGCCAAUGGACAAGAGUCUGACUUUACUGAUGAUCAUACUGUGAAGCUCUUGUCCUUGAGUUCGGCCACAUCCGCUCACGUUGCAGACGCUGCUUUGGCUGCUGGACAACUGGGAGACUACGUACGAAGCAACGCUCAUUAUACGCAAAUACUGUUUGCCAAAUCCAAGACUGUCAUUGCUGGACUGUACUCGGGAUCUCAAAUCCAAGCUGGCAGCGCUUCUUCUGUUGUUCAAAAGUUCGCCAAUGUGAUUAAAAGCCAAAACUCAGUUCCAGAGCGUCAAGCUAUCCAGGAGGCCCUCAAGGGCUGGAACGACGCCCAAUGUCUCUCUGGAGCAGCUACGGAGCUAUUGUCGGAUACCUCUGUUAGUCUUAUUCCUGCUAAAGAGGUGUCAGUGACACCUUUCACACGCCGCGCCCUCGACAGCCUGCUUGGCCUAGACUCUACUAUUACUCCAAGGGCAACGUGCAAGUAUAUCCAGGCUCAGUCGGGCGACGGCUGCUUUUCUUUCUGCAACAAGACAAUCCAGCUUAAUCAGUAUGUAUGCUGUUCAUCUGGAAGCUUGCCAGAUUUCUCUCCGAAGCCAUACGCAAACGGCACUUGCUUUACAUACACCAUCAACCCAGGUGAUUACUGCCAAGCGAUUGCUACCGCCUAUCAAAUGGAAGUGACCGGCAUAGAGAACUACAACAACAACACGUGGGGUUGGAUGGGAUGCAAUGAUCUUGGCGUAGGCCUGAGAAUCUGCCUAAGUACUGGAAUUCCUCCAUUCCCUGCCAAUGUGCCAAACGCCGAAUGUGGUCCACAGGUCAACAAUACGCAACUGACCACCAACUAUCAAAAUUGGACAAAUCUUAAUCCAUGUCCAUUGAACGCCUGUUGUGAUAUCUGGGGCCAGUGUGGCAUAACAUCGGACUUCUGCACUCCGGACCCAGCUAGCACUGGCGCCCCAGGUACUGCGCAGCCUGGAAGCAAUGGUUGCAUAUCCAACUGCGGCACUGAUAUAGUUACCGGACCGGCUGUGGCCAACUUUGCAAGAAUUGGAUAUUAUGAGGCCUUUGGCUACUCGAGAGCUUGUUUACACAUGUCUCCGAGCGAGAUCCCGUCUACUUACACGCACGUGCACUUUGCAUUUGCGAAUAUCACCGCAGACUACGCUGUUGAUGUUAGCGAGUAUUCCAACAUUUUUGAUGCAUUUGUGCAAACUUCUGGCUUCAAGAAAAUCUUGUCGUUUGGUGGCUGGGGGUUUUCAACCGGACCACAAACCUAUCCGAUAUUCAGAUCAGGAGUUACUCCUGCCCAAAGACAAACGUUUGCGAACAACGUCGCCGCAUUCAUUCAGCAGUACUCCCUAGAUGGCGUAGAUUUUGACUGGGAGUACCCUGGUGCCCCUGAUAUUCCUGGAAUUCCCCCUGGUAGUCCAGACGAUGGCACAAACUACCUGGCAUUUCUCAAGCUAGUUCGUGCAGCUCUUCCCAGUGACUACAGUGUAUCCUUGACGGCCCCAGCCUCCUUUUGGUACCUCAAAGGUUUCCCCAUCGCCGAGAUGAGUAAAGUCGUCGAUUACAUUGUCUAUAUGACAUAUGAUCUCCAUGGCCAGUGGGAUUAUGGAAAUUCAUUCUCCGAUCCCGGAUGUCCGGCCGGCAACUGUCUUCGCUCGCAAAUCAACCAUACAGAAACAGCACAGGCAUUCUCCAUGAUCACCAAAGCCGGUGUACCGAUCAACAUGCUAAUGCUGGGUCAGCCCUUGUAUGGUCGUGCUUUCCAGAUGACAGAGGCAGGCUGUUAUGGUGAAAUGUGCACAUAUACCGGACCUGCUAGCGGAGCUCUACCUGGGAAAUGCACCGGAACGGCAGGUUACAUCUCGAAUUGGGAAAUCAACCAAAUCAUCAGUAACAGCACUUAUGCCUCACAGCAGUACUACUCGGUAGAUGCCGGCGAUAUCUUGGUUUAUGACUCAACACAGUGGGUCUCGUGGAUGAAGCCAUCUACCUACAACAGCCGUAGCGCCUGGGCUCAAGCCUUGGGCUUCGGCGGGAUAGCAGAUUGGGCGGUAGAUCUCAACGCAAGCUACACAUCCAAUGGCACUGAGAUUGGCGAGGGCUCCGGCGUCGUAUACAUACCGCCAAGCAUCUAUAACGAAACGUCACCCACCGUAGCUUGCUCACCACCAUGCACCUUUGUCUUUCCGCCGUGGACUCUAUCAACAAUGACUACCAUCUCUCAGCCACCAGUCACAAUGACGGUCGAGGACAUCUGGCCAUCCGUCUCUACCGAUGACGGAGGCGUUACAACAACCGUAUACGUAUCAAAGACGGUGGUUACGACAAUAUCUAUCCCGCCUGUCAUCACGGAUACGAUAUCUCUCUGGAACGUGGAAUGGACCGACACUGGCGUAACCACGAUCUAUCUGACCAGCAGCAUAGUCUUCCCAGGCGUCACGCUCACGGAGCCGCCGGACACAGUGACCACUUCGAGCUCUACCACUGUCCUGGCCGGAAUUAUAUACACAUACAGCCCUGGACCCUAUCCAAUUUACACAGGUAGUUCCCCUGGCCAAACUACUACACCAAUUCCUCCUCCGCCUCCCCCCGGCAGCGUAGGCCAUGUUCACGUUAGUGUUGGUCCUCCGAGUCCGCAAUGUUUCCCCGGAGAGAUUGGUUGCGGCGGCCUAUGCUCGCUGAAUUGCGGCGCAGGCAUAGGCUGUAUCGGUAUUUGCGGUUGUAUAGGGCCCUUCUGCCCAGAUGGUAGCAACUGCAUCGGUCCCGGUUGUGGAGGCGAAGGAAGCAGUGAGCCCACUGGCACAAACAGACCAACUUCUUGUGAAAGAAGCACAACCGUGACAGACUGUAAGGUUGCUUGCUCCCUUACUCUCGCCUCGGGAGGAUCAGAAUACUCGACGGACUGCUAUACAACUACCUGCCAGGAACACGUCGGCUGUAAUAUCCGAGCAACUACCACGACGUCCGAAACCACAAUUGGCUGUCCGACGCUGCCACCAUAUAGUGCCUGGUGGACGGCUACCGAUGAGCCUGUGCCGUUGAUGGGAGACGGAGCUGGUGGUGGCUCAGUGCUGGUGACGGGAACUUUCACGCAGCCAUCAACGCCUAUUACACCUGUGCAGUCUUCCUCGAGCAAGACCUCUUCGAGCAAGACCUCCUCGUCAGCGACAUCAUCGUCAUCAUCGCCUCCGCCUCCACCUCCUAACACAGGCGAACUUUGCCUUGGGCUGCUCACUGCUGCAACCUCAGAGCUCGCUACCUAUGCCUAUAUUAUAUUUAAUCCAGGUGACCCCUGUAGUGGCACGUAUGUAACAGAUGGUAAUAUCGGUUCUGCAGAGCAAGUAUGCGAUAUCCCAGACAACCACAAGACAGUGUCGUUGUGCGCUGGCACAGGUACAUUUGAGAACGAGGGCCCGGAGUUUUUUUCGGAUCCCAGCUGUGGUUUCGCCCUCUCACUUAAUGGUCAGCUCUAUGAGACAGCUCAAAAGGUCAGUUAUGACGAUAGCCUGCCUACAUGCUAG